UUAUUAAUGUUUGUUGUACCUUGAUAAGUGAAGUCUUAUUCGUGUAUAAAAUUAGGUUUUAAUAUGUUCAAAAAUAUUUUAAAGGGUGCUAAAGAUGUGUCUUUCGGACUAAAACAUAAUUUCGCAGGAUUUAGUUUGUUUAGGAGGUUAAACCAGGAAGAGAGAGACCAAGAACAAAAUGGGAAUAUUAGACCAAACUUUAAAAAUCGACAACGAAAUCUAGACUUUUCCUUCGAAGAAAAAGCUCUCCUCUCAGUCUACCCAGAUAUCCGUGAAGAAAUUCUAAGAGAGCAACUACUAUACCACAAGAAGUAUCCAGACCUACAUGACAGAUUUUCGAAAUUACUGGACUAUAAUCUUAAAAUAGAUCCAAAAUAUUUAGCUAGAGCUAUAUUUUUUGUACACGCUUACAGAAUUUUAGAAAAACCAUCGUUGUUUACUCAGGAGAAUUUAAGAAAAGCCUGUGUGUUAGGUUGGUGUCAUAAAUUAAUUGAUUCAUCCAUUGUAGUGGAUGACGACAUUGCCGAUGCUUCUGAAACCAGGUACAAUAAACCAACAUGGUACACUCUUCCAGAUGUAGGUGUCAAUAAAGCAAUCCUUGAUGCAGCAUUUCUAGAAUCCGGUGCCAAUUUUCUCAUAAUCAACCACCUAUCUUACCAUCCACAAUGUUUCAAUAUUCAAAAAUCAAUCUUAAAAACAUACUCAACCACCAAUGUGGCACAGGUUCUAGAAAUCGGACAACACAGGGUGGAAGAGCUGGAAAAGUAUCAAGAUUUCGUGAAAUUUUACUUCUUUACCCUACCUUUGAUUUCUUCCGCUCUUUAUUUAGCGAAUAUUGUUGACAAAGAUGCUCACGCAUGUGCUGAAGAAAUUUGCACAAAAAUUGCAAAGUUUCAGAAAAUUGAGGACGAUGUGACUUGUGUAUUCAGCCCAAUUUCUGAUAUCCAAAAGGCUUGUACUGAUAUUUCUGAAGGCAGAGCCACCUGGCUUGCUAUAGAAGCUUACAAAAGAGGAUCUGAAAACCAAAGAAAGGUCUUAGAACAACAUUAUGGUGUCAACAACAAAGAAUCAGUCGCAAAUGUUUAUAAGAUCUUUAAAGUAUUAAAACUAAAAGAAGCUUAUGAUGAUUUCAAAGAAGUUUUUUAUGAAGACUUAUAUUUUAAAAUACACAAUAAAUUACCAAAAACCUUGCCACCGAAAUUAUUUAUCGACUUGCUCGAUUUUGCUAUGAGCGGGAAAUAUAGGGUAUAACAAUAAUAUUCUCCUUCUCAUAGAAAGCUUUCAGUGCGUCACAGUUUUUCGAUUUCUUUCUAACGCAUUAAGUUGGAAGUGACAG